CGCAACAAGAUAUAAACGCGCACCUACAAUUUCUUUCUUCUCAUAACACUGACAGCAUGGACCGCGAAUAUACCAAAUUUGUAUUUCAAUAUGCGAAAGACUACCCCGAGAAAACUGAAAAUGAUGCUUACGCUGCAUAUAUGGCAUCGAAACAAG